AUGAUGAUGAUGAAGGUCGAAGAGCUGGUGACGGGGAAGAAAACUGAUGAUAAAGAGACUGGCAGUUUCCUCCCUGAGGACUUCAAAAAUGGAGAGUACGAAGCUGCUGUAAGAUUAGAGAAGCACGAGGAUCUAAGGACAGUUUCUGAGCUGACCCGAGGAGAACUGGCCUAUGAGAAGGAGAAGAAGCUAGAGGCAGAGCUCAAGAAGAAAAAAUUACAGGAGAGGCCAAAACUUGAAAACUUGGAAGAUCUUGAAAAAAUUAUUCAGCUGAGGAAGAAGAAAAAAUGCAAGAAAGUGAAAGUGCCCGUUUUAAAGGAACCCGAGCCAGAAGUUAUCACAGGACCAGUGGAUAUUCCCACCUUCUUUAGGGCUGCACUGGAGAACAAGUUGCCAGUAAUCGAGAAAUACUUGUCAGACAAAGGGGAUCCAGACGUCUGCGAUGAGUACAAGCGCACAGCAUUGCACAGGGCAUGCUCUGAAGGACAUCUAGAGGUGGUAAAAAAGUUAGUGGAAGUUGGAGCCCAACUCGAACUGCAAGAUAUGCUUGAAUCCACCGCCCUGCACUGGGCAUGCCGGGGUGGCAACCUGGAUGUCCUGAAAUUCCUGCUUGACAAGGGAAUAAACAGAAACAGCAGAGACAAGCUGCUCAGCACCCCUCUGCACGUGGCCGUGCGGACGGGGCAGUACGAGUGCGGGGAGCACCUCAUCGCCUGCGAGGCGGACCUCAACGCCAGGGACAGAAAAACUCCCUUCUGCUACACCAGCAAGCCCAUGGCCGAUGGCAAGUCCAAGCUGAGUCCGUGUUCACUGGCUGAAACUAAAUCUUGCUUCCUCUGCCCCUUCAACCAGGAAGGGAAAACCCCCAUGGAUCUCGUGCUUCAGUGGCAGAAUGGCACCAAAGAGAUAUUCAACAACCUGAAAGACAAUUCCUACAAAAGCACACAGCUAAACAAGUUUUGAAGAUAGAAGACUGCUUUCUGCUGCU